AGGAACCUUGGGUGCGAUUUCUACAGGAAAUACUUUCGACACAUCGGCUACAUUUGUUGGGGGCUGCCAUUUUACCGAGCUUACGGUAAGGAAGCGUAACCAUGGAGGAGGACCAUGUCCAGAUAGUGUCCCUAUCUCACCAUAAGACCUUGCUGGAGGGGAUGCGCAAGCUAAGGGGCCUGGGUCUGCUGUGUGACCUGUCGGUGGUCGUGGGUCAGGAGCCCGAUGCCAUGAGGUUUGAGGUCCACCGUGUGGUGCUGGCCGCCUCCUGCAGGUAUUUCAAGAGCCACAUCCUGGCCAACCAGACGGCCGUCACGGCCCUGCUGUGUGACGUGUCCCCCGAGUCCUUUGAGUCCUUCCUGCAGUACGUCUACACGGGCCAGGUGGAGGUGCCGCGCUCCAUGCUGUCGGACGUCUUCAAGACGGCAGAGCUGCUGGGCUGCAGCGAUCUGGUCAACGCCUGCAAGGCGGCCAGCAAGCUGGAGGCCGGCCAGACGCAGACCGUGCAGUCUGUGCUGUCUGACUCCGGCUCGGUAGACUCUCACGUCUUCAGCCCCCCGCGGCCCAAACGUGGUGGCAGGAGAUCCAAGGACACCCAGGACAAGCAGCAGCAGGAUAAAGGGUCAGCGGGGACGAGAAAAGACACUUCAGAGUUGGAGGAGACGGAGGUGGAGGAGGAGGGGGAAUUGCCGAGCAAGAAGAGGAAGAGGAGGAGGAAGGGCAGCAUGGAGGAAGAGUUGGUGUCCAUGGCAUCGGGGUCAGGUCAUGGCACGAGGGCGAGUACCCGGCUCACCGUUCCCAAGCCAUCCCAGGGGACGGUAGCAGGCUGCGGCAGGGGCAGGGGCAGGGGCCGGGGCCGGCCCAAGUCCAGCGGCCAGAGCUCGGAGACGGAGCAGUCAUCCUGCCAGGCUGCGGAGGAGAGCACGGACAUGGAGACGGAGCUGGCUGUGUCGGCCAUGAGGAAGGAGACGGCACGCGGCGACGACAGCGACGACUCCGGCUCCUGUGCUGCCUUCAGCGACGACUUCUGCCCCUCCGAUAAUGAGCUGGAUAAAAGGGAGGGGGAAGUGGAGGAGGAGGAUGGGGAAGAAGGUGGAAAGAAGGAGGGCCGCGAGUCCCGCGUCACGUUCCACUGUAACGAGUGCGAACGUUCCUUCCUGUAUGAGAAGAGCUACCUGAAGCACAUGCAGAACACCCACAACGAGCAGCCACAGGUUAUAUACCAAUGCGAGCAGUGCGAAGUCACAUUCGCUAACCGCGUCAACCUCAAGGUGCACCAGAUGCACGUGCACAGCGAGCAGCGGCCGUAUGAAUGUGACGUCUGCCAGAAGGCCUUCAAGCGCAAGAAGGAUGUGACGCGCCACCGCAAGCAGGUCCAUGAGGGUGGGGGUGAGCGUCACCACUGCCCAGACUGUGGCAAGGCUCUGAGCUCCCGCACGGCCCUCAAGCUGCACGAGCGCACGCACACCGGCUACAAGCCCUUCGAGUGCCUCGAGUGCAGCGCCAAGUUCUCACAGAGCUCUGCACUAAAGACGCACCAGAGGACUCAUACCGGGGAGAAACCUUACGCCUGUGACCUGUGUGACGCCAGGUUCACCCAAAAUCACAUGCUGGCUUACCACAGGCGCUGCCAUACAGGUGAGAAGCCCUUCAUGUGUGAGCUGUGUGGUAAGAAGUUUGCCUCUAAGGAGUACCUGAAGCACCACGCCAGGCUGCACACGGGCAAUCGGCCCUUCAAGUGCGAGAUCUGUGGCCGGGCCUUCGCCCAGAGGAACUCAGUACACCAACACAUGAAAACACACACAGGUGAGCGACCGUACCACUGUAAGGAUUGCGAUAAGAAGUUCACGCAGCUGAACGCUUUGCAGCGGCACCAGCGCAUUCACACAGGGGAGAAGCCCUACAUGUGCACACUCUGCAACCGCACCUUCACCGACAAGUCCACACUACGCCGACACGCCAUGACUCACGACAAGGAGACACCUUGGAGGAAUUUCCUGAUGGUUCUGAAGGACAACAUGGAGAAGACUGACAAGAAGCAAACGCGGAAACAACCUGCCGACAAGGCCGACACGGAGACAGAGGCCGAGACCGAGGCAGACGCGGAGACCGAGCAGCAGCAGCAGCAGCAGCAGCAGGAGGCAGAACCACAGAAGCCACGAGCACCUGCGGUGAGGAAAGCAAGAGCGCCCCCCAAAGACAAACCCACCAAGAGCCAGCAGCCGCAGCAGCAGCAGCCUUCCAAAGCAGCAGCAGCAGCAGCAGCGGGGACCGUCACUGUCACCGAGAGCCCGGUUACCACUACGGUGACCGCCACAACGGCGGCAGACCCCGUGGCGAUCACGGCGGAGUGGGCCAACCAGGGCGGCACCAUCACGCUGGUGAGCCACGGCGACCUGGCCGGCUUCACCGUCAUCCAGACGGAGAUGCCUGCGGGCACCCAGCUGCAGCCCCUGGUGGCAGCCGAUGGCACGCCCGUCGCUGUGCCCAUCGGCCUGCCCAUCUCCGUGGCCUCCACCUCCACCGCAUCCAUCGCCAGCACGGCAUCUUCUGUGCCCAUUGCCGUCCCGGUCACUGGCACCACCAUUGUGACCCAGGCGGAGAUCACCGGGCCCACCCUGGAGGCGGCCAUGUUGGCUGGGGAGAUCAAGUGUGUGAGGGUGGCGGGGGUGGUGGGGGGUGCGGUCGCGGUGGAGGCUGAGGACAAGGCUGUCCAUGUGGAGGCAGAGGUCCAGCAGGAGGCCAUGGAGGAGGUGGUCACCUGCAUCGAAGCCGAGUAGAGGAGACACCUGAUCUACUUUUCGGUUGCAAAAUGGACAGUUGAAAAUGCUUCAAAUGCUUUUUCAGUCGAAUUGAACCCUAGUGUCUGUUGUAACACACAGUUAAUCAUUGGAUUAGACACCAUGACAGCGUAUAACAUGGAGUUGUUCACCUGCAUUGAAGUCGAGUAGAGAAGACACCUGAGGGGUAUACUAUACUAAGAAAAUGGUUC